AUGAGGCAUAGGUUGUGGAGUGGGCGGGUAACCCCAAGGGUGGACCAAGUCUUCUUCAUGAGCUCGAAAAGCUCGUCGACCUCGUCGAGGACGAGGGUCUCGUCCUUGAGGUCGAAUAUGGCGGAGAGGAGGCCGUUCGGAGGCUUGGAUGAUGGCACGGAGGUUUGGGGCGAAGGUGUCGGAAGGGUCGAGAGAGGUGGAGGGAUAGAGGAGAAGGCCUGCUUCCAGAAUCUUCAGCUGCCGUCUCUGCCAGAGGUGGUACUCGUGUGGGUCGCUGAACUCCGAGGGCUUGAGGUGGCGGAGGAGCUCCAGGGAGUGCGCAUGAGAGUCUUCCGCAGCCUGUUGUCGCUCUCCUCAGUCACCCUCAUCUGCUGCCUCAUGAUCUCUGCCGACGUCAUCGGCCGCCUCAGCCGCGGGCCCAACCUCGGGCUGGAUCUCGGGCUCGACCCUGACCCGCCAGGGGACAACGGGUUCGACCCGCACGAGCUGGCGCGUCUAGAAGACGGGGACCGGCGCAUCAUCUUCAGCCCCAACGCCCUCUUCACUCGGCUCGUCACAGCCAUCCCCACGCCUGGGGCCUUCACCGUCCCAGGCCCAGUCGCGUCCCCAUCCGAAUAG